ACAUGGCCCAACCCCACCUCUGGUUCUUGGUCCUCUUUCUGUUCAUGGGACGACUGGCACCACCAAAAAUUACUUUGAAUGCCAUACUCUCUGAGAACAACAUUUGUAACAUCACUCUGACAUGCUUCAUGGAGGAGGGAGGAGAAGCUGUGAAGUACCAGUGGACUCCUCUGGGAAAACAAGCCGUUGAAUCCGAUGGGAAAUCUAGGCUUUUCAUCUUCCAAAGACCUGAGGAUGCUCAUAUAAAUUACACAUGCACAGCCAUAAACCCUGUCAGCAACAAAUCUCAAUCCAUAGUUCUUCAACAUCUCUGUGCAGGUACUUUAGUUGCUUUUGAUCCUCUCUGGUAUACUGUCUUGUCUGUCUUGGAAAUGCUGGUCGUCAUCAUUCUAGCUGGAGUGGGCUUUUACAUGUGGCACAAGAAAAAACAAGGAUGA